UAUGCGGAGUAUUAUGGCACUAUGGGCUGAGGUUGUAAGAAUGACAUUGGAUACGUCAGUGGAAAAUAAACCAUGCUAACAACUAUUAGCUGUGUUUCUUUACGCUCCAAAGGACAUUACAGUGGCGACGAGGAUUAAAAUAAUUAUAAUAAUAAUUAGUAGACAAUUAUAUCUUGUGCGCAAAUAGUGUCAAUAGUACUAUUUAAACGAUGUCGAUCGGUAAAGUACGGGAGUUUGACGUGCGGUCAGGGGUAUGGAGUUCUUAUAUAGACAGAUUGAACAUGUAUUUUAAAGUCAACAAAGUAACGGACGAUUUGAAAUUACCAACUUUGAUUGCUACGAUGGGAGACGAGGCGUAUGAACUACUCGUAAAUCUCGCCAGUCCGAGUAAGCCGUCUGAAUUACAAUACGCCCAUGUAUGCGAACUGUUACGUCAGCAUUUACAGCCGACGCCAUCUUCGUUGGCGGAAAGAUACCGAUUCCGACAAAAACGUCAAGGAUCGGGAGAAGACAUAGCCACUUUUGUUGCGGAAUUAAAGAAACUAUCACGGGAUUGCAAAUUUAAAGAAAAAUUGAAUGAAAAUUUGCGCGAUCAAUUCAUAUGUGGUCUUAAUAGUGACGUCAUUCGGCAAAGGCUUUUUGCGGAAGAGGAUACAAUAACAUUCGCUGAGGCGGUUAAAUUAGCACAAUCCUUGGAGGCGGCGGAACGGGAUGCAGCAAUCGUGGAGUCAACCAAUGGGGCAGAGGCGAUGCAUGCGAUGAAACAAAACACGAGCAGUAAAGGUUGGGCGCGCAGAGGAGGAUCAUACAGUACACCAAGCAUGCGGACCAGAGCUGCGGGGGAACGCGCCGGCAGCGCAGGAGCAGGUGCGUUAGCAGCAGAGCCGAGUACGUCGGUUCGUCAGUACGGAGAGCCGAGGGCGUCUGUUCGACAGUACGGAGAGCCGAGGGCGUCUGUUCGCCAGUACGGAGAGCCGAGGGCGUCUGUUCGUCAGUACGGGAAAUGUACGGCAUGCGGAAGGACGUCCCAUUCCUUCACCGUUUGUCGAUUCCGGAACUUCACUUGCAGCAAGUGCCACCGAGUUGGUCAUUUGCGACGGGUGUGUCCCGCGGAAAAUGCGGAUUCGGCCCAAAUGUCGCAGGAGUGCACCUACUUUGGAGGAGCGGAAGCUGGAGAGUUUUCGGACAACGAAUAUGACGUCAUUCACAACAGUAGCAGAGAGGAGGAUGGAAACAUCGAGGAGCAAUUAAAUCUCUUAGCGUUAAAUAAUUAUAAGGCAAUAUAAAGAAGUAUUUAGUGACGGGCUGGGACGGUACACGGGCGGAAGGGCGACGUUGCGGGUGCGAGAGGGGGCGGCGCCGAUAUAUCAUCGUGCGCGGCCGCUGCCGUAUGCACUGCGCGAGCGCGUCGACGCGGAGUUGGACCGUAUGCUACGCGACGGCGUCAUCGAGCCCAUCGAAUGCUCCGACUGGGCCUCUCCUCUGGUGCCUGUUUUUAAGGCUGACGGUACAUUGAGGAUUUGUGCUGAUUACAAAGCGACCCUGAACCCGGUUUUGCUGAUCGAUCGUUACCCUCUACCAAGGAUUGAGGACGUUUUAGUAGGUUUAAACGGGUCGCAAUUCUAUAGUAAAAUAGAUUUAUCACAUGCAUAUAAUCAAGUAGAACUAGAUGAGUCUCGAAAAUAUACCGUAAUUAAUACUCACCGAGGAUUAUUCUGCUACAAUAGGCUAGUUUUCGGGUUGGCAUCAAGCGUAGGAGUGUUCCAACGUAUUAUGACUAAUUUGUUGCAAGGUAUACCGAAUGUACAGGUAUUCUUGGACGACGUUAUUAUUGGUGGGAAAACACGGAGCGAGCAUUUAGCUGCCCUCGAAGAAGUUUUCAAGCGCUUAUGCAGCCACGGGUUAAAAUUCAGGAAGAAUAAAUGUGUUUUCCUUGCACAAGAGGUUACGUAUUUAGGAUUUGUCGUAUCAAAGGAUGGUAUUAAGGCCGAUAGUUCAAAGAUCGAUGCUAUAUUAAAGCUAAAUCGACCACAAAAUGUUAGUGAACUCCGAUCAUUUUUGGGAAUGGUUAAUUUCUAUGCUAAAUUCAUUAGGAAUUUUAGUUCAUUGUUAACUCCAUUGCAUAGAUUAUUAAAAAAGGGUAUAGUAUGGCACUGGGAUAUUGAAAGCGAACAAGCUUUCAACGGAAUAAAAAGGAAAUUGACCGGGGCGGAAGUAUUAGCACAUUAUGAUCCCGAUAAACCCUUGAUCGUAACGUGUGACGCAAGCCCGCACGGAAUCGGGGGGGUUUUAGCGCAGCCAAGCGCUGGCAGCGAGCGGCCGGUCGCAUACGCAUCCCGUACACUGACCGCAGCUGAAAAGAAUUACUCGCAGAUACAUCGCGAGGCUUUAUCCAUAAUUUUUACGGUAAAAAAAUUCCACCAGUACUUAUACGGACGUAAGUUCAUAUUGCGUACAGACCAUAAACCCUUGGUGUCUAUUUUAGGUCCUAGUAGGGGCAUACCAACGAUGACCGCUAGCCGGAUGCAACGUUGGGCCGUAAUUCUCUCUGCAUAUGAUUAUGAGAUAGAGUAUAUCAAAACUUCUGAAAAUUGCGCGGAUGGCCUAUCAAGGUUACCGGAAGUGACCAAAGAUUUCCAAUGUUACAAGGACACUAUUCCCGAACAAACUUUUUUGCAUUUUGCACAAGAGGCGCUAUUGUUAAAUUACAAAGAGGUCAAAAUACAAACGGCAAAGGACGUCAUUUUAGCUAGGAUAUUGACUUUCAUUCGCGAUGGUUGGCCUGAAGCUUGCGAGAUCACCGCUUUGCGACCGUAUUUCAAUAGGAAAUCCGAAUUGUACGAAGAGCUAGGAUGUGUGAUGUGGGGGCAUAGAGUAGUAAUACCUGUAGGUUGCCGCGAAAAGGUAUUAAAAAUAAUCCAUGAGCCUCACAUGGGGAUAGUCAAGUCGAAAGCCUUGGCUCGCAGUUACGUGUGGUGGCCCGGUAUUGACGAGGCGGUGGAGCAAGCUUGUGGCGCGUGUGGAACGUGCGCUGCGUUCUCGGAUGCACCUCCACGCGCCACACCGCAGCCCUGGCCUUGGCCGACUCGGCCGUGGACAAGAGUGCACCUGGAUUAUAUGGGACCUAUAGCAGGGAAAUUAUAUUUGGUUGUUGUUGACGCUAUGUCUAAAUGGCUAGAAGUAUUUAGUGUACCGAGUACGGCGGCGGGUAGCACUAUUGCGAAACUACAUGAAUUAUGGAGCAGGUUCGGUAUCCCUAAACAAAUAGUAACAGAUAACGGGCCUCCAUUUACUAGUGGUGAGUUCGCAAAUUUUGUUAGGCGGAAUGGUACGGAGCACAUAUUUACAGCUCCGUAUCAUCCUUCAUCUAACGGGGCGGCAGAAAAUGCAGUGAGAACCUUAAAGAAAGUAAUAAAAAAGGCGGUUUUAGAACGUAAAAAUGUGGAUCGGACCUUAAAUACAUUCUUAUUACAUUAUCGAAACAUCGAACAUUCUACCACAAAAGAAAGUCCAGCGGUAUUAUUAAUGAAUAGAAGGUUGCGAACUCCGUUAGAUAUUAUUAAACCAGACCGAGAAAAUAAUGUGCAUCGAGCGCAACAACGUCAAACUAACGACGCUCGGGGUGAAAAUAGAAGUUUAAAAGUUGGGGACAGAAUCUGGUACCGGCAGCAUUCGAUGACGGAGAAGUGGGCUCCUGGUACUGUGGCUAAGGCUACGGGUGUAAGGGACUUCAAGGUCUUAGACAAGAAUAGUAAAGUAAUACAUAGACACAUCGAUCAGCUUAAGCCGAGGUGUGGGUCGCUUGUUAUCCCCACGAGUUCUAGGGAGUCCAGACCUAAUAUAAUGGGUUCAAGUCGUGAGAAUGAGGCGACCCCAGUUCAAGAACGUUCACUUGUAACGGGUUCUCCAAUAUCGCCAUCUAUAGGGCGGCAGCUCGGCGUAGGCAUAUCAUCGCCGAACAUUUCGAGUGCAAAUGAACAUCAAACACAAGAUGAAAAGUUUAGUACGCCGCCCACUACGCCUGUACUAUCCCAGUCACGACCAUUGCGGAAAUGUAGAUUAGAGAAAAUUGUUAGUUAUAAGGAGUAGACCGUUAAGAUUAAAUUAAGUCGGGAGAGAUGUAGUGUAUGCAAACUAUGCGGAGUAUUAUGGCACUAUGGGCUGAGGUUGUAAGAAUGACAUUGGAUACGUCAGUGGAAAAUAAACCAUGCUAACAACUA